GCUGGAGUUGUUAAAAUCCACGAUUAGUCGCAAUAACGCUUGCCUUAAAAUUAAAUGCAACAUGGAGGUCACUGCGACAAUUGUCACAGACGCCAUUGAGGUGGAGGAAUCAACAACUACGGUUACGACUUUAGAGACUGAAAAGUCAAAAACAGAGUUUGUGUGGACUCUGCAGGCUACAUGGCAUCUCGUCCAUGUUCGUCUGGACAUGGACCCAGAGUUCGACCAGCCCGUGGUCAAGAAGAAGAAGCUGUGGGAGACUGUGGCCGAGAGAGUGACUGCGAAGCUAAGAGCCGAGGAGGGCACAGACGUUUCAGUCAAAGCCUUCGAAUGUGACCUGAAGUGGAGAAACAUGUUGGCGACGUAUCGCAAAAAUGCUGAGCGAGCCAAGAGACUGGGAAGCAACAGUGUUCACUGGGAGUUCUUCAAGGAGAUGCAUGAAGUGCUGGGAAGGAGCUGCGAGGAGGAUGAGGCUCAGCGCAAGACGAAGCUCAAUGGCACCAAGCUGGGCAAGGCCAUAGCCAGCAAACGAUUUACCCCGAUACGGCCCACACCCACAGCGCCAGCGCCACAGUUACCCAGCGCUAGGCCUCCUCAGGAUUUGCUGCAGCUGUACCUGGAACUGCAGGAGAGGAAACUGAACAUGUGGGCUCAACAGAAAGCGCUGGAAGAGAGGAAGAUUGAGGCCAUUAAUAACUUGGCACGUGCCAUAACUUGCCUGUCCCAGAACAAUAGCAUACAAUUGCCCAAAGAGUGUCUGUCGGACACCCCCGUUACCCCACAGUAGUCUUUUUUUUUUUUAAGAUAAGAAAUGCUUUUUUUUUUUUUUAGAGAGAAAUGCCCGAUAUGUUGAAACCUUUUCAGACAAUUAAAA